GCGUGCUUGGUGGUGUGUGUGCGAACAUUUUUUUAUUUACACAUGAUAUUAUUUUUUAUAAGAGACGAUGUACAAGUAAGAGCGCUAUUUUUAUACGAUAACCGAAAACCGUACAGUACAAAUUGAGAAGAGUACAAACCAGACCAGAACUCAGCGAACUUCAGGAAAAUGACAAUAACGUAACACGAUGACAAGAUGAGCGAGACCCUCAGCCAAGACCCCGAGGGGUACACGAACUUGGCGCCCUCCUACCCCCCGACGCCCGCCACCCCCAGCUCGACGGUGCAAGAUGGGCCCCACUUGCCGCCCUUCUCCACCUUCUCGGCGGAGAUGGACCCCGGCGCCGACCGCCUCUUCAGCGACACCCGCCUCCUGGACAUAUCAAACUGGGACUACUACACCGAGGCCCGGCUGCUAGACCGCUCCGAGAACGGGCUGUCCAUCAUCUCGUCGCAGCCGCAGUACCGACCAUGGGAGUCCAAGUCGGUGGACGCCACCUCCACGUUCACCGCCACCACCCCCAUCAACACCUUCGCCGACUCGUUCAACCAGCAGAACGGCGUGUCGAAGCUGCCGUCGUUCCAGAGCCAGUUCCAGUCGUUCUCGGACGCGCCGCCCGCCGCCGAGACCACCCUCACCACGCUCACCAACCUCACCCCCGUGUCCCCCAACUCGUCCGCGCCCCUCAACUCCAACUUCCACGCGCUGAGCGCCGUCAACCGCGGCUACCCGCUGGUGCCGGCGCCCAUCCAGGCCCGCGAGAUCCCCUCCAUCCAGCAGCAGUUCCUCGACGAGCGCCACAUCCAGCUCUACACCCACCCGGCCAACACCAUGGGCAUCUUCCCGGCGCAGAACGGCGCCAUCAUCCAGAACGCGCCGCUGAUCUCGUCGCCCACCGUGGUGACGGUGCUCAAGUCGGAGCCCGAGCUGAAGCUGGCGGCCAUCCAGGACCCGACGCUGAAGAUGGUGCACCCGCAGUUCCAGAACCCGAUGGCCAGUGAUAACGGUAUUUACAACGGACUCGACAAAAAACUGAACGGUAUCAGUGCGACGAUGAGUUCUCCGACGAGGAACGACUUCCGGAAGAAGGAGCGCCGAAAAAUGCGCGCCUCGAGUCUGGAGAGCUCGGCGGAGAGCGACGGGGCCUCGAGCAACAUGGAGAUCGCCGCCUCCGAGAACUCGGGACAGGUGGCGGCGAUCUCGAGCACGGCGGGGUUCAAGCACCAGAUGGCCAACAACGUGGAGAUGGACGAGAUCAGCGGCGGCGGCGGCGUCGACAAGCAGGUCAAGAAGAAGCGGAAGCGGUGCGGGGAAUGCAUCGGGUGCCAGCGGAAGGACAAUUGUGGUGACUGUGCGCCGUGCAGGAACGACAAGAGCCACCAGAUCUGCAAGCAGAGGAGGUGCGAGAAGCUCACGGAGAAGAAGAAUCUGUACGGAGAUGCGAGUUACCUUCGUGGAGAGUCAAGACGGGGACGGGGAAAGGGCCGAGGCGCUGGGAGUUACCGUGGAAGGAAGCCCAGCGGCCCCAUCUCGUCGGUGCCUUCCGGCCCGCCCAGCGUCGUCCCGACGGAACCCAAUGGUAACGUUACCAUCAUCUCGAACCAGCAGCAGCCCGUGGCCCGGCCCAGCCCCCAGCCGGCGGCGGCGGGCGCCGUGCACAUGCUGAAACCCGAACAACAAGCGCUACCCGUCCAGCAACAAUCACCAAUGACUCCGAUGCCUUUCUAUGCGGACCCCAACAGGUUCCCCACGCCCGUCUGGCAGGCCGACCCCACGCAGGCAGCGUGGCCACAGGGUCAGUUCAUCCAGCAGAUCCCCGCCGAGGGCUACCAGCAGUACCCCAACGGCAUCUACCAGACGACGUACCAGCAGCCCGCGUUCGAAACCAACACCUUCUACACCGGCGCCGUGCAGGUGCUCACCAACGCGCGGCCCCCUAGUGCGCCUAGCCAGGCCGGGCAGUUGACGCCGCGUCCCAACUCCAACUACUCGCACACGCCGAGCCCGGCGCCGCCCGCGCAGUCCGCCUCCGGCCGGCAGUACUCCGAGUACCAGCAGAAUCAAAACUUCGUCUCGCCCGCCACCACGCCGUCCGGGAACGCCGAGAGCGUGUCCCGGCCGAGCUCCGUCAACAGCACCAUCAGCAACCCGGCGAACAAUCAAAACAACCAGUUCGGCCAGGGCGGCGCCGGCUUCACGGCGGUGUCUUCGGCGGCCUUCAGCCCCAACUCGCCCAACUACGUGAACGUGAGUUCGGGAAACGCCAAGCCUGGGUAUCCACAAGUGAACAGCAGCCCGCAGCUAGUUUCACACAGCUCUAGUGGAUACCCAGGCAGCGGACAAUACAGCGGAGCUAGUCAGAAUCAAAUGUGGGGAGAUGGGAUGAUGUGGGAGCGAGGGGAGAUGAAGGAGCAGUUCGAGCAGUUCGAAAGCAAGGCGCAGCACGAGGCACAAAGCGAGUUCUCGCAAGCAGACAGGGUAAACUUGAACACGCGCAUCAAGACGAUGAUAUUAAGCAAGCAGCAAGUGGAGGAGAGCGCGGACGAGAAGAAGGCGGAGCAACAAAAUGCCACCGGUCAUUUUUUAUGGUAUAGCCACCAUCAUCGUUUCGAUAAAGUGAACGAUGGUGGUGGCUUCACUCCCCGGAUUCAGUCCAAACCCAAACCAAAGCCUGUUCCCAAACCAAAACACGAUAAUCCUAGUCCUAAUAAAAUCAGCGAGACGGAAAUACCCAGAUGCAACUGCUUCAACCACCUGGAACAACUCCCGGCCGAACCCGGAACGUACUACACGCAUUUAGGCUGCUCGGACAAUCUGAUCAACUUACGACACGACUUGGAGAACCGAACCGGAGUCACCGGACGAGCGAUCCGCAUCGAAAAAAUACGAUACACGGGAAAGGAGGGGAAAACGGCGCAGGGAUGCCCCAUCGCCAAAUGGAUAAUCCGAAGAUCCGGCGUGCACGAGAAGUAUCUGAUAAUCGUGAAACACCGCACCGGCCAUUUCUGCCGUUCCGCUUUCAUCGUGGUCUGCAUCGUGAUGUGGGACGGCGUCCAGCAGCCCACCGCCGACGACCUCUACUCCCUCCUCACCGACAAGCUCACCAAGUUCGGGAUCGCCACGAAGCGGCGCUGCGGAACCAACGAGCUCAAGAGCUGCGCCUGCCAAGGGCUCGAUCCCGACAACUGCGGUGCGAGCUUCUCCUUCGGCUGCUCGUGGUCCAUGUACUACAACGGCUGCAAGUUCACCAGGUCGAAGAUGGUGCGCAAGUUCCGGCUGAGCGUCCAGUCCGAGGAGCAAGUGAUCGAGGAGAAGUUGCAACGGCUCGCUUCGCACCUCAGCCCGAUUUAUCGAUGUUUAGCGCCGCAGUCCUUCCACAAUCAGUGUUUCUAUGAACAUAUCGCCGCGGAUUGUAGAUUGGGCCUUAGGCCUGGUAGACCCUUCUCGGGGGUGACGGCUUGCUUGGAUUUCUGCGCUCAUUCCCACAAGGAUUCGCACAAUAUGGUGAACGGGUGUACGGUGGUGGUGACGUUGACGAAGCACAGGAAGCUGCAGAAGCCGGAGGACGAGCAGCUGCACGUGCUGCCGCUGUACGUGGUGGACAACACCGACGAGUUCGACUCGAAGGAGAGCCAAGACGAGAAGAUCAGGAUGGGGAGCAUCGAGGUGUUGAACAAAUACGAGACGGAGAUCAGAGCCAACCCGAACCCCACGCCGCCUUGCAAACGCACCAAGAAGCGCAAGGACGAGAGCGUUUCGUCCACGCCUCCGGACCAGAUCCAGAACCACCAGAUAACGAGCACGGUCUUCGACACGCCACCGAACGAAGUAAACUGGGGCUACACCAACAAUUAUCCUUACUUUCCGUUCAGUUCCAAUAAUUAUUUAGUCAAUGGGAGUCUGUAUCAGUAUUCCGACCCGUACUACGUGAACCAGUUGAACAACGCCAAGAAGAAGCUGUUCAACGACGGCCAGCAACAACCUUGUGAUUACAAGAUACCUCCAAAUGAAGCCAACGGCUGUUACUCUUCAGGAUUCUCAAACCUGCCAUAUUACAACGUCUGCAAUCCAUUCGACGACAGUUACGCGUUUAGUACAAAAGUAGAGAACUUGUUGUCAUCAUCGAAACUGAAUCAAGUACAAACCUUCAGCGACAACACGGACUGCUUCAGGGAUUCGAACAUGGGAGGGGUCGCGAUCGCGCUGGAGCACGGGAGCGUGCUGUUCGAGUGCGCCAGGCACGAGUUGCACGCGACGACGGCGCUGAAGAAGCCGAACAGGAAGAAUCCGACGAGGAUCUCGCUGGUUUUCUACCAGCACAGGAAUUUGAACAAGACGCGGCACGGGUGGGACGAGUAUAUCGAGAAGAUGAAGAUCGAGAAGGUGGACGUGGACGCGGGGUAUUGGUGUCCCGCGGAGGUGAUGAUCAGGUCGCCCACGCUGACGACGAUGAGUCUGACGACCCUCUUUCCGAUGUACCCUUGCAUAGUUACAGGUCCCUAUGGAAAGAUGACGUUUGGAGGUAUGAGAUUUUGACCGGGUUUUAAGUUUAUGACUAAAUUCAAGUUAACAGUGCCUCUAUGAUCUCAAAAGUCGAGUGUAAAUUUCCCACAAGUACAAAUAUAGUAUUCCGUUCUACAAACAAUCGAAUGUUCGCAUUUUUAUAUGAUUUUAUUAAUUUAUUCUUAGUUAAUUUAUAUUUAUCCUGUAAAUUGUUGUUUUAGUGAUGAUACGACUGCCAUACUUUAAGUGCGGAUUUGUUUAUAUAUUUAGGGUUUAGUUUGUGACCGAGUCGUAGGUUUUGUCCCCCCGUAUGAUGUGUGUAGGUAUUGUUGGUCCACGCGUUUUGCACACGAAUCAAAGCCGAAGAGAGUGAAUGAAAAGCAUCUUUAGUAAUCCCUAAAUGUUGUUUUCAUGUUUGUGAAUAGAGAUUUAUUUGGAACGGCGGUUCCGGAGUUUUGCCUUUUGUAACCUUGCUUCACGUUAAAGAUAUAUAUUUUUGCCCACACACGUGAACAUGGUAUUGAAGAUGAACAAAUUCUUUAUAUUGUGAAAAAUUUGUAUAAUAGAUUGAGUAGCACCUCGGUUCGAUUCUAAUUCAGGUGUGCUAACGUAAUGCUGUGUGCAUUUUACGAUAUAGGAUUUAUUCUUUGUAGUGUUGGAAAUAUAUUUUUGACAUAAAGAAAGAAUAUUUAUAGUGUUCUUAACAUGCCUACAAAAUAAAUUAUUGUAUAGUGUUAGUCAUCAGUCAACUUGAUCCUAAAAAAAAAAUAAUUUUAUAAUUAUGUUAACGAUAAUAAAGAGAAAAAACAAAAUGAUGCCAAAUAUUUUAAGCUAGUUAUUAAAAAAUUCGUAAUUUAUUAUUUAUUCGAUGAAAACCUUUCUUCCAGGCCAGUAUAGGCAGCCACGGUUUUUUAUGUAAAAAAUAGCAUAGCAUCUUUUAACUUGUAGGGCUUUUUUGACUUGUGGUUUUGCUAAAAAUCUUUUUGUGCAUCUUCAGCCAAAUCUUCAUCCAGACUUCGUCCACUUGACAGCUUCUCUUCACUUCUAUCGUGCAAUAACUUCCCAAAGCGUACCGUCUCGCACAGAAAGGUUCUUUAACAAAAUCAUUCCAUUACCCAAAAAAAUAUUAUUACAUUGUACAUAUAUUUUUACACAAUUUUUUAGUGAAUAUUUAUUAAAUUGAAGACCGAAAAGCAAUCCUAAAUACUGUACAUAUUGCCACUGAGGGGGUUCUUUCAUCUUUAAUUUCGCUCAUCUUGUAAAAUUGACUAUCAUGACGACUACCAUUAGUUUAAUGAAGCAAUAUUGAUCAAUUCAUAUCACAUGGAAGUACCCGCUCACUAAUAUGUCUUUGAUGAAAGAACAAAAUCAUUUGUAUUUCUAGUUAUAGAUUUUUUAGUUUAGUAUUAAGAAACAAAUUAAUAUGUGUAUUGUCUUGUGAAUACAUUUAUAUAACAUAAAUGUCUUUCUUACUUAGA